AUGCUUCAAUCACUCUCUUUCACGUCUUCAUUGUCUUCAACUCUUGUUCUUGAAACCAAUGAUCAAAUCCAUUCUCCAAGAUGUUCCCCAAAGGGUGGCUUCAAUUCCACCAUUUGUUGCUCUUCGUCUUCUAGAAAUCAUGCUUACAUACCAAAGCUUGAACCUUUUAGCAGAACCAAAUUCGAACGCCUCGCGAAAGACCCUCCUCUGAUUGAAAAAUCCGAAAACCAACUCGCUGAUUAUUGUUCAACACUGGAAGGAGAACGUUCCUACAGUUGCUGGAAAGCUUAUUUUGAGCUCAAAGAACUUGAAAAAGAGGCACCAAAGGAAGAGGUGGAGAGGCUGAUCAUUGAAGCUGGUGGAGUGAAAUCUCUCAUUGGUUGCUUACAUGGCAUUGCGGACCUUUAUGGUAUUGCCAAAAAAGAAACCAAGACUUCAGAGGAGAAGGCGGCUUCAACUUCUGAGCUAAAAGGACUAAGGGAUUGCCCAAUUCCUGAUGGAUUGCCAAAAUCAAGGGAAGAGCUUGAAGAAGAAGAGAAAGCCAGAAUGCCUGAUUCACCUUUCACCAGAUUGCUGAGGGCAAAAGGGACACAUCCUGCUUGGUACUCCCCUGCUCCAGAAUAUUGA